CAUAUUCGAAGAUGAGUACGAAGAUAUGAACUUGAAUAUAUUAGUACUAUAUAUACUCGACAUUUACACCCGAGUCCGAGUAAUAUAGUUGCUGUUCUCUUCUAUAAAUACUGCCUCAAAUUAGGGAGUUGAGUUCAUUCUAAGCAUGGGAUCAAUCACUAAGCCUCACGCAGUUUUUGUCCCAUACCCAGCUCAGGGCCAUGUAAACCCUUUAAUGCAGUUAGCUAAGCUUUUACAUUCAAGAGGCUUCUACAUCACCUUUGUCAACACUGAAUUUAACCAUAGGCGCCUAGUGAGGUCCAAGGGUCCUGGAUUUCUCACCAGCCAGUCCGACUUUCGGUUCGAGACCAUAUCCGAUGGGUUGCCGUCAUCAGACUGUGAUGCAACCCAAGACAUAUGGGUUCUGUCCGAUUCGGUUAAGAGAAACUGCUCCAGUCCAUUUAGGGAGUUGCUGGCUAAGCUAAAUGGUUCGUCAGAUUGCCCACCUGUGAGCUGUAUUAUUUCAGAUGGUUCCAUGAGCUUCACAAUUAAAGCAGCUAAGGAACUAGGCAUACCUGAAGCUCAGUUUUGGACCACCUCGGCUUGCGGUUUCAUGGCAUAUUUGCAUUUCAGUGAACUCAUCAAAGGAGGCAUUGUUCCAUUUAAAGAUGAAAACUUCAGCAACGAUGGCACACUGGACAAACUGGUCCACGGAGUCCCUGGUAUGAGCAACAUGAGGCUCAAAGAUUUCCCAACAUUGAUAAGAACAACGAAUCAAACCGACAUAAUGUUGAAUUUCAUGAGUGAAGAAUCUCGAAAUUGUCUAAAAUCUUCAGCAAUCAUUUUAAACACAUUCGAUGAGCUAGAACACGAAGUGCUGCAGGCAAUCGCCGCAAAGUCCCCAAACAUUUACACCAUAGGCCCCCUUUCGCUGCUCGAAAAGCUCACUCCUCUCGGCCAAGACGACUUGCUCAGGUCCAGCUUAUGGAAAGAGGACUCGGAGUGUCUCGAAUGGCUUGACGAGAGACAAGCUAACUCGGUGGUGUUCGUUAGCUAUGGCAGCAUAACCGUGAUGACACACCAACUGUUCCAGGAAUUUGCUUGGGGUCUUGCGAACAGCAAGCACCCGUUUUUAUGGGUGGUGAGGCCUGAUAUGGUGAUGGGGAGCCCUGAAAUCUUGCCGGAAGAAUAUUACAAAGAGAUCGGAAACAGGGGAUUAAUGGUGAAUUGGUGCCAUCAAGAUCAAGUGCUUUCUCACCCUUCAGUUGGAGCGUUUCUUACACAUUGUGGUUGGAAUUCGACACUGGAGAGUAUCAGUGGAGGUAAGCCUGUGAUUUGUUGGCCGUUUUUCGAUGAGCAGCCGACGAAUUGUUUGUAUCUGUGCAAUCAAUGGGGAAUCGGAAUGGAGAUCAGUAAUGAUGUGAAGCGUGAUGAAGUUACAAGCAUUGUGAAGAUGAUGAUGGAAGGGGAUAAAGGGAAGAAAAUGAAGAACAAAGCUUUGGAAUGGAAGAAGAAAGCUGAAGAAGCAACCGAGGUUGGAGGGACUUCUUACAAUAACCUUAAUAAAUUCAUCAAGAACAUACUAUAACAAUGUCUU